CGGCAGCGCCCGCCGGCCGCGGAUGCGCCGCUCCGCCCCGGUUGCCGGCGAAGGAAGAAAAGUUUGGGGGCGACUUAGGGCCUCGGGAGCGCCGGAGGAGAAGGAGGAUGCGCGGUUUCCCCGGCUGAUCGGGAAGGAAGGAUGACCGAGGGAGGAUGUGCACCAGCAGCCAGAUCAUCGGGAGCCUCCUGGUGCUCUCCGUGCUGGAGAUAGGGUUAGGGGUGUCCAGCGUGGCCGUGGGGGCGGUCAGUUUCAGCCUGGUCCUCACAGAGAAUAAACCUCAGCUGGGAGACUCUUCUCCGGUAUGGAGCGGGGUGUGUUUUCUGCUUUGUGGUAUAUGUGGAAUAUUGUGCGCCAAAAAAAAAUCUGGACUUGUUAUGAUACUUUUUUCUGCCUGUUGCAUCUGUGGACUAAUUGGAGGAAUCCUAAAUUUUCAAUUUCUUCGUGCUCUGACAAAGAAGUCGACCGCUCUCUAUUCUUUGCAUCUUGCCUCCAUGUCUCUUGCAUGCAUUGGAAUUGGUGGUUGCACCCUUUCUUCAUGGCUCACUUGUCGGCUAGCCAGCUAUGAACAAAGGCGAAUGUUCUCAGAAAGAGAACAUUCAUUGCAUCACUCUCAUGAAAUGGCAGAAAAAGAAAUGACAGACAACCUAAGCAAUGGUGGCCCACAUCUGAUUUAUAAUGGAAGUGUAUAUUAAGAGAUUUUUAAAAGUUCCAUGGAAAGAAGUGGUUUUAGAAUUUUCUUCAGGAAAAAAAUAAACUCCAAGAAAUUGAGAAAAUUGAACUAUCUUAGCUUUUAUGGCUCAAGUGUCACAAAUGCAGAACAGCACAGUUGCAUUUCCCUUUUAGAAACAUGUUCAAAAUUUGUCUCCUAAACAUUUUGCGGAUAUACAAUAUUUAUUCACUUCCUGGCUACUCUCUUUUGGGUUUUUUUGUCUGAAUAACUUUUCAGAAUUGUGAUAGCAUUUGAAAUAGACUUCUCAAGAGUCCUCUUCUCAUGAAGACUCAAAAACCAGAAAAAAUAAUUAAACUGGACCACAUUUAGCCGUUCACAGGAUUCCUAAAGAGAAGAGAAGAGGGCAGAGGAAGGAUGGCUCGGGGGAAUCUUUUUCUCCUCCCCACUUAGCAGCAUCUGGUGUAAUAUGAUGGCUUCAGAUCACGUGGCAUGGUACCAGCAACACAUCUGCACAGUCCCUCUCCCCACAUGGUGAAUGCAUCCAGCCUCCGUUCUCCCAGUAGAUCAUAUCAAAAGAGAGUGCAAAUUACUCUUCCAAAAGGCUCCCAUUUCACAUUCAGAGUGUAAAUGAACAGUGUGCUGAAAACAACACCGAUGUCUUUGUUUUGAAAGACAGAAUGCUCUAAGAAUGCCAUAAAUCAAAACCUCAACAAUGCCUUGUUGUAAAGAAAUUGUAAAUAUUUCCAAUUUGUGAAUUAAGUACAUUUCGUAAUUUGUUCAUAAAAGAUGACAAAUAAAAUGAAAUCUAAACCA